CCCUCUGGAGUCGGCGCAGGCGCAGUAGGAAGUCGCGGGCGGAGGGCUCGCUGCCCCCCCCUUCCGGCAGUCCCGGCCGUGCGUCGCGAUGAACCCCCUGACGAAGGUGAAGCUGAUCAAUGAGCUGAACGAGCGGGAAGCGGCCCUGGGCGUCGCCGAGUCGGUGUCCUGGCACUCGGAGUACCGCCACAGCGCCUGGAUCUUCCUCGGAGGGCUGCCCUACGAGCUGACCGAAGGCGACGUCCUGUGUGUGUUCUCGCAAUACGGGGAGAUUGUCAACAUUAACCUCGUGCGGGACAAGAAGACGGGGAAGUCGAAAGGCUUUGGCUUUUUGUGCUACGAAGAUCAGAGAAGCACCAUCCUUGCCGUCGACAACUUUAACGGGAUUAAGAUCAAGGGGAGGACCAUCCGGGUGGACCACGUGGCCAACUAUCGGCCCCCAAAGGACUCCGAGGACGUAGACGACGUGACCAAGGCCCUCCGCGAGCGGGGCUGCGGGGCCGAGACGCCUCCCCCCGGCUCUUCUUUGGACUCCUCGGACGAGGAAGGGCAGGGGGCCGGGACGCCAUCCCGGAAGAGGAAGAAGGCCCCCAAGGAGAAAAAGAAGAAAAAGAAAGACAAGGAGAAGAGGGUGAAGCGGGAGACGCCCCCCGGGGGGUCCGCGGAGGACCAAGCGGCCCUCGCCCCCCGGGCCCGCAUCAAGGAGGAGAAGGAAGACCCCGGCUACGACAAAUACGCCCGCGUGGAUAUCAAGGCAGGGGCCAGAGAAGGCCGCAGGCCCGACCGCGGCCGGGGGGAAGCGGACCGAGGGCCGAGCGCCGACGGGAGGAAGGAGAGACCCCCGGCCCAGUCCGGGAAGGGCAGGAGCCGGGAACGGGGCGGGACCUCGGAGCCUCGGCCCGAGCGUCGGGAAAAGCGCGCGGAGCCGGAAGGCCGGCGGGCCGGGGAAGACGGCCGGGCCAGGCGCUGAGCCGCUCCGCGGGGGCCUCCUCUGAGUGGAGCCGGGACCCCAAUAAAAUUUCCGGACUCUGUUUGA